AUGGAUAGCGAUAGACGAGAUCCAAUGGUUGGUACCAGUUUCUCGAAUUUCCCGUCAGUUCGUUGGAAAAAGGUCACGAAUACUACUGGCCCGACGCCACGUCCUCGCCAUGGUCAUCGAGCUGUUGCAAUCAAGGAUUUAAUGAUUGUAUUUGGUGGUGGUAAUGAAGGGAUUGUUGAUGAAUUACACGUUUAUAAUACAGCCACAAAUCAAUGGUUUGUUCCGGCAAUUCGAGGUGAUGUGCCACCUGGAUGUGCUGCAUUUGGAAUAAUUUGCGAUGGAACUCGAAUAUUUUUAUUUGGUGGUAUGGUCGAAUUUGGGCGUUAUUCUGCUGAAUUGUAUGAACUACAAGCAAGUCGUUGGCAGUGGAAGCAUCUUCGCGUCCGUCCUCCCAAAUCUGGAUCAGCGGGUCCGUGUGAACGUUUGGGGCAUUCAUUCACUCUUGCUUCUAACCAGGUUUGUUAUAUAUUUGGUGGAUUAGCUAAUGAUAGCCCGGAUCCAAAAAAUAAUAUACCCAGGUAUCUCAAUGAUUUAUGGGCGCUGGACCUUAAAUAUGGCACGAACAAUUUGCAAUGGGAAUGCCCAUCGACAUUUGGUACGGGACCGUCUGCUCGUGAAUCCCAUGCUGGUGUUAUGUUUGAGAAGGACGGUUACCGCAAAUUAAUAAUACAUGGAGGUAUGGAUGGUUGUCGACUAAAUGAUUUAUGGAUUUUGGAUUUAAAUUCAAUGACCUGGUCAAAUCCUCAACCAGAAGGAAUACCACCUCUGCCUCGUUCAUUGCAUUCGGCAAAUAUCAUUGGAGACAGAAUGUUUAUAUUUGGUGGCUGGGUUCCUUUAGUUCUUGGUGAUUCAAAAAUGGAUCAGAUAGAAAAGGAAUGGAAGUGUACGAAUACAUUAGCAUCAUUAGAUUUGAAUUCGAUGUGUUGGGAGACACUUUCUACUGAAAUCUAUGAAGAUGCUUUGCCACGUGCCAGAGCUGGUCAUAGUGCUGUUGUUAUAAAUAAACGUAUUUAUAUUUGGUCUGGUCGGGAUGGCUAUCGUAAAGCUUGGAAUAAUCAGGUAUGCUGCAAAGACAUGUGGUUCUUAGAAACUGACAGGCCUGCUGCUCCAUCGAAAAUCCAGUUAGUUCGAGCUACAAUUUGUGGUCUUGAAGUAUGUUGGAAUUCUGUUCCGACAGCGGAGGCUUAUCUCUUACAACUACGCAAAUAUGAAUCGACACCGCGGGGAACUGAAGAUGGCGCAAGAGCUGUAGGUAUGGUAAGAAUGAGUGCUGCUAAAUCUCAAAUUUCAAGCAAUAAACUGAUAGCGAUUCAGCGUUCUUCAGGAGGGCCACAGGUAAUGAAAGUGGUACGAAGUGGUCCUCAUUUAUCUUCAGGAGUUAUUACGCCAACUUCUGGUGGUUCAUUGUUGCGCGUUGUAUCCGCUUCUAAGGGACCUCAGACAACUGCUACUUCCAUUCCUAAAUCUGGUACCAAAACAAUUAUUGUAACUAAAGCAACUGGAACUGGUACAGCAGCUCGAAAACUUUUCCUUGUCCAGCCUUCCACUUCAUCUGGCUCUUCUGUUGGUGGUGUUCGUUCAAAUACCCAGCUUUCACUGGUGGAUUCAGUACCUCAAAGAAUUUCUUCAAAAGCUUCUUCAGUUGCAGUUGUUGGUUCAGAACAUACUUCUACCAUCUCCACUCAUGGAACAACUUAUACUUCUCCAAUGACUUCAAAUGUUGAUACUGGGUUACCGCAGAAUCUUCUGGAUGAGUCUUUGAUGGAAACUGAUUCUGGAAUGGGGCAACCUGAUAGUGUUGACCAAAUACAAGAGCCAAGCGACUCAUAUCGAACAAGCCAGGUUGUAGAAUUUAUGCCCACAGAGCAAGCUUCUACAAGCUUAUCGUCGGAAACAACGCAAGGCUUGAAUGAUGGCGUAACACCUGAAAUAACUCAUGAUUCUGAGGCGCCUGUUGAACAAAAAAUUAAUCAAUCUUCAAAAGAAAUUCAAAAUGAAGAAAAUGAAAUAAAAAGUACAGAAGAUUUAUUAGGCUUAAGGAACUCAGAUGAGAUCAAGGAAAACUCAGAUCACGUAAAGGAAAAUUUUGGAAAACAAGAAAUUCCGGCGGAUGAUAUGAAAGAAUCAAUAACAGAAUCUCAAAAUAUCGAAUCUGGUGACGGUGUCGUUCCUUUUUUCAAAGUGGAAGCGCCAGAAUCGAGUGUGUCGGAUAAUCUUGUUAACCCUAGCGCUUCGGAAUCAAAAUCUGGUGAAAAUACUGUGGAAUCAUCAGAUAAUAUGCCUGUGUCUUCAACAGCGCCUUCAGUAGCUGAUGUCGCUUCCGAAAAUUCUGUGGCUUGCGAUUCAAAAGUGACUCAAACAUUGAAAGUUGUAAAAGUCGAAGCAACAUCCACUCAGAAUGAGCCUUAUCCUGUAAAAGAAGAUCCGCCAUGGUUUGAUGUCGGAAUAAUUAAAGGAACAAGUUGUGUGGUGACUCAUUUUUUCUUGCCUUCAGAUAUGCCUCUGGAAGAUACAUAUAGCACCGAUUUUGAGGUUGGAAUGCAUACUUCACAAGUUGGAUUGCUUAGAAAGGCAGAGUUGGAACCUGGUACAGCAUAUAAAUUCCGAGUGGCUGGUAUCAAUGCUUGUGGGCGUGGUGAGUGGUCUGAGGUCACCGCUUUCAAAACCUGCCUUCCAGGAUUUCCUGGAGCACCUUCGAAUAUCAAAGUUUCAAAAAGUGUGCGAGGUGCUCAUCUUUCUUGGGACCCUCCGCACAAUAUUGGUGGUCGAAUUUGUGAAUAUAGUGUUUACCUAGCUGUUCGGAGCUCACAUAUGGGAAAUGAAACUCAGUUAGCCUUUGUGCGUGUUUAUGUUGGUCCAGAGUCAUCGUGCGUAGUCUCGACAACAGAUUUACAAGUAGCUUAUAUCGAUAUGGCAUCAAAGCCAGCAAUUAUUUUCCGCAUUGCAGCUCGAAACGAUAAGGGUUAUGGUCCAGCUACUCAAGUGCGGUGGUUACAAGAUCAACGACAGAGAUUGCCACCAGUAAUUGGCCGACAGUCGCAACCACUGCAUCAACCAAUGGUUAACGAUUAUCAUGGCAUAUCUCCGGUCCACAUACAAGCAAAACGCAUGAGGCUUGAAUGA